AAGUCUUUUAUUAAAAAACUGAAAAUAAGGCUGCCCAGGCUUUCUAGAUCACCGCUCACCUGCGCCCUUCCACACCAACGUGCCCUCCCAUUAUGCUGCUGACGGAGAAUGUGCCCAGGGCUCGUGUCUCUGACCAACGGCUACAGGCUGCGAUUUCGGGAACAGAUGACCUAGAAACUUCAUGAAUGACAGCACCUGGAUCGCUGCGUGCGUAAAAGCAAAAAGGUACAAACACUUUAGGAAUAAAACCUUCAAAAAUGGCUUUUAACAAUCAAGACACCGAUUUUUGUACAAAGUCAUUUUGCACAGGAGACAAGUCCUGUGGAUGUUACCAGACGGUAAGGCCAAAGGAGGACGGACCCUUCCGAAGGUGUAUCCUGUUGGGGCGCACGGGCAGCGUUCUGGCGUGAGGCCUCCUCAGUUACGGCAGCAGCAUUGGGCUGGCGAGUGGGUGGGAAAGGUGAUGGCUCCAGCGCCUGCCCCUGCCCCGAACGAGCCGCUGGGGCCCUGCAGGUGCGGUUAACCCGCAUCUUAAGGAAGGUAUUUCUGCAGCAGCCGCCGGCGCAGAGGCCAUGCAUCGGCCGCACAGCCCGCAGCCAAGCGCCGCAAACGGGGCGGCCACGGGAAGGGGUAACUCGUCUACCUGGAGCCUGACGCUGUGCGAGACCCCUCAGCGGCAAAGCGGGCAGGAGCUGGCCGACCCCCCUCCCCGUGCCAGCCCCGGUGCUGCACCGCGUCCAGGAGCGCCCCAGCGGCGGGCCAGGCCCCUGCGGGUGGCGACCUGCCCCCACCGGCCUGGCCCAGGGGCACGCGUGGGGCCGGGGCGGGCUGCGGGGCGCGGCGGGGUGCCCGCAGCCCCCUGCCCACCUGCCCACGGGGCCGUGCCGCCGCCCCCGGAUCCCCCGCCCCCCCGCCCCGGCUAUAAAGGGCGGCGGGGCGACCCGGGCCCCUCCUGGCCCGCUGCCAUGGCCGCGCUGCGCUUCGGGGGGCCGCCGGCGGAGCGACCCGCCUUCCCCGCCGGCAGGUGGGCGGGGGGCGGCGGGGGGCCCGGGCCGGCCUCGCCCGCCCUCAGCGCGCUGCCCCCGGCGGGCCGGGCCGGGGGGGCGGCGGAGCCGUCGGAGGGGGCGCCGGCGGCCUCGCAGCGUCGUAAGCGGACCAGCUUCACGGCGGCGCAGCUGGAGACGCUGGAGCUGGUCUUCCGGGACACCAUGUACCCCGACAUCUACCUGCGGGAGAAGCUGGCCGACGCCACGCAGAUCCCCGAGUCCCGCAUCCAGGUCUGGUUCCAGAACCGGCGGGCCAAGUCCCGCCGCCAGCGGGGGCCGCCCCGGCUCGGCCCCGCGGAGCCGCCGCCCGGCCACCCGCGGCCGCCCCGCUUCGCCGCCCCGCAGCGGCCCCGCUACGCGCUGGCCCAGCGCCUCCAGCCCAAGGAGGGGGGCUCGGGCCCCUACGCGUGGCCGCCGGCCGCCGCCUUGCCCCCCGGCCCCGGCGGCUGCCUGCCCGGCCAGCCCGGGGGCGCCCCGGCCGCCUCCGUGGCGGGGGGAAGGCCCUGCCCGCCGGCCCGCGCCCUCUGCGGCCAGUACUCGCCCGUCUCGGACGCCGAGGACACCAGCGGCUACUCGGAGUCGGGCUCGGAGUGGGAGGAGACGGGCCUGGGCGCCUUCUGCGCCCUCUGAGCCCCGGGGGGGUGUCAGAGCCCCGGCCCCACCACCUCACCCCGGCUCGGCCACUGUUGCACUUUAUCCGGUAGUAACUGAUUUUUACCUAUUUAUUGGAGGAAGAUACAGGUCAGCUCCGUCAGCUGCGGGCAUCUUUGUACACUGUAUGUAAAGAUUCCCAUAUGCGGGUUUUUGUAUUUCUAUUUAACCUUCUUUAGCCAAAAAGCUAACCAAAUCCACCGUGGGGGUGGGUCUUGGGAAACUUGGGACAGUUGGGGUGGUCUGUUGGGACUUUUUGACUGAGGAGGAAAAAAAAAAUAAAGGUUUACAUUUUUGCUUUA